AUGUACCACAUGAUACAGUUAGAGUCAUUCCUUGUUUAAAGUUCAAACACGCUGCAGCCUGGGUACUGCACAUUAAGAAAUAGUGAAGAGUGAAGAUCCUGGUGGAAUUUUAAAUUGUUUUCAAGAAACUGGAUGAUGGAGUAGACAUUCUUCCUGUAGACAGAUAGUACAGCCAUCAUGGAAUUAAAACAAGAUUCUGUGGGGGAAUUUAGCUCCUCUAGCUUUACUGGAGACCCACAAGUGAAAAUGGAUAAUGAAGAACUAGCAGAGAUUACACCAAGACAAGGAAAUGAAGAUGUGGAGGUGGACAUUGCAGAAGCACAAUCAAGGUUUAGGAAGCAGUUGAUGCAGUAUGAAAAGCACAAGCUAAAUUUGUCAUGUGAUGAAUGGGAGGAGGCUUUCAUAAACCUAAUGCAGCUUUUUCUUAAGGCAACUGAAAAAAUGGAAGGAGAAGAAAUAACAACUGGCUUGGAGAAAUUUGCUUUUGAAGUUUCACAGGAAAUGGUUUCAACUAUUCAAGAAAAAUUAUUUAGCAAGCCUGCAGAGGAAGCACAAUUUGCUCUGAAACAGUUCCUCCAGCGGAAAGAAGAAGUGAAAUUAAACAAAGGAUGGCUUCUCUUAAAAUCAAUUUUUAUACUCUCAAGUGGUAAUUCGGUAAUCACGUCAGUUAUUACUGAGAGUGGUAUCCCAACCAUUCUAAUUAAAAGCUUGUACUUAUUUGCUGCUUUGCCUUCCCGAGAUGAAAAUAUACAAAAUACAUCAGUCAGUUCUUUCCAGGACUUGCUGACUAAGACAAUAUUACAGCUAUGCAGGUCCUUGAACUGUGUUGAGGAAAUGGUACAAACACGUGAACUACAGUGUCUUAUAAUAGCUAUGACCUCCCUUUGGGACCAAUGCUGUGCCUCCUGGAGAGAUUCUGCAUCACUUGUUCUCAGAGCCAUUUCAAAGGCCCAGGCAAUGAAUACAGUUAAGGUGCUAAAAGACACAAACUGUAUUAGGAUCUGCAUACAGAACCUGCUGAAGAUAAUCAAUGAAGUCCCUGCCAUCACUUUGGCUCAGGUAGCUGUGAGUGUAUUCAGUUUUGUAAAGGAUUCCUAUUCCAUAUCACCUUGGCUGCUUACUGAGUUUGAACAUAAUGAUGGCUACAAAGUUCUUCAAGCUAUUUUAUUUCGCUGUGAUACAGAAAUGAAUGAAAGCAAUGGAAAAAAUAUUGUAGACCUACUUGACUUUAUUGCAUCACUGACUAUAUGUGGACAGUCUGAGUUAAAAGUGGCUGUUUGCAUCACCAGCCCUCAGCCUACUGGAUUCCAGUUUAAUCCAUUAACUACAACAGGUUCAACAGUAAAAAACCUAUCAGCUUACCGGAUUCUUCAGACUACAUUCCAUCAAUCAGAAAACCAAUAUUUGUGCACAGAAAUUCUUUCUUCAGUUAAAAAGAUCUGGACUUGGGCGAAGACAAAUUUCUUUCUGCUUGAGUGGACACUGCAGUCUUUCUCCCAGCUUGCUGAUUGUGUUUAUCUGAAGCCCACUACAGUUUACAGCUCAUUCUUUGAUCUUUUGGAGACUGUGGUGUUUGAAUUUUCUUACAUUCCUCAUGAAACAUUAAAAAAAGUCCAAAAUAGUAUACAAGAAAAAUGUUCCUUAUCUUUUAACUGUGCUGCUCUGGAUAGUUUUUACAAAUUAACAAUGCAUAAUAUGUUAUUUAUUGAUAUCUUCAGUGACUCAGGGCUUUUGGAGCUACUUCUUUUAGAACUUCGAAAGCAAGCAAAAGUAUUGAGAAAAGCAGGAGUGACAGAUAACAAAGAAAUUUUAAAUAAUGAUGACCUUUCAAAGGAGCUGACUCGUAAAAUGCUGAAAGUUGUUGCUGCCUUGGUCCUGAGAUCAGUAAAAAAUGUUGUUUUUUUAAGGGACAAAGGAAUGGUGCCAUACAUUAAGAUAUUUCUUGAUGACCAACUCUUCCGAAACUCCACUCUGUGUAUUCUGGAGCAAUUGUCUGUAGUUAAUCCGGAAGAAUAUAUGAGCACUGUAAUCGGAGCACUGUGCACUGCCACUGAAGGUGAACUGCAUCUAAAAAGGGACCUUCUUCAGUCUCUACUGCUAGUACUGGAAACACCAAAAGGCUGGUGUGCUUUUAGAACUGCAGGUGGAUUUAAUGGAUUGUUAUCUUUGAUAAUGGAUAUGGAGGGAGCACUGUCUGUUCAUCCUUCUGGACUCUGGGCCACAGUGGACCCUGAAAAAACUCUACAUUUAAUUUUGUUAACCUUUCAGACUAUUGCAACUGCUAUUCAUUUGGACCUUGCCAACAAUUACUACUUUAAAGUGACGGGCCAGUAUGAGAAAAUGGCAGAAGCCCUCAGGUUGCUUGGUUGUUUCAGUCAGAAUGAGAACUGGUCCUCUAACAACAGCCUCCCAAGUGGCAGAACAUUUUUUCAAUUUGUCAGUAUUGCAGCAAGCAGAAAAGGAUCAGUUGACCAGAUGCCAUCGUGCUUACAACACUGUGUGAAACUUUUGUACUGUCUAGAUAAGAUAUCAAGAGGGAUUUAUCAGAACGUAACAGAAAUUUCAGAAAUUUCUGAAGAAACAGUUAAUGGUUUGGAUGUGCGGUUAGAUGACUAUGAUUCUCAGCAUAACACCGAGAGUGACCUUGCUCGCUAUAGGAAGAAUGCUGUAGAACUGAGACAUGGUCAAUCAGGAGACCUGAUAUAUCAUCCUGGAGCUAUACAUGUUAUGAUGACUUUAAUUCCACUAAUAUCCUGCAAAGAAGAUACAGAGUUGGCAAAGGACCUUCAGUGUGCUCUCGCUGAUCGAGUUCAGUCCAUAGUUAAGUCUGAGAGAAAUCGACAGAUCAUGUGUGAGUCUGGGCUGCUUGAAACCAUUUUAACUCAUUGCCAAAUGGCUCUGUGUAACCCUGCUGAUCCUUUCCAUUUGUCUGUCACAAGAAUCUUUGAGAAACUGGCUUCACAGGCUAUUGGGCACAAUUUACUAAGGAAGUUUUUGAGGAUUGGAGACCCUUUAAAAUGUGCAACUGGAAAACAAAUUCAAAUGGGUUCUUCAAUAAAAAAAGAGAGUUCCAUGUUUGUUAUCCAUGCAGCACCUUCAGAAGAAAUGCGCCCAAAACUGCAGCACAAAGAAAGUGUCAAUGAUUUAAAGUCAAAAUCUGCUUUUAGCUUACUCUCUGUUUUGGACAUCUCACCCACUGAUGUGCAACGUAUGAUCAGCCUUGUGUCAAUCACCUCGCCCCGGAAUUUUACAAUGCAAAAAAUAGCAUCACCGCCUUCCUUUAUUGAAUUUGACAUGAGCACCAAUGGAUACGGAUGCCUCUUUCUUCCUUCUCUUGCUACAGUUAAGGGUGUCAACUCUGAUUCAGUGGCAACAGGAGGACAUGGCAUUGACUGCCGGGCCUUUCCUCCAGCUACAGGCUUGUCUUUCUCCAUUUGGUUCAUGGUCGGCAAGUUCAGUUCCAUUUCUGAUGCCCAUCCUAUUCGCUUGUUCACCGUCAUCCGACAUAUGUCUAGAAUGUCUUUCCACUAUGUUUGCCUUUCUGUCAGCAUCUCAGCUCCAGAUAAUAUCUUGGUCAUUUCAACAGAGGAAGAAAUAUUUCAGUAUCUAGAUAUGAUGGAGCCAGACACCAGCCAUUCAAGUUCAACACCAAGUUGUAUUCAUUUAAUGUGUUCCAAAUUGUUGACUCCUGACCAGUGGCAUCACCUCACUAUAGUUAUUGCAAAGGAUGUAAAAAGAACUUGUAGAUUAACUGCUUAUUUAAAUGGAAACAUUUUAGGAGAAUCUAAGAUGCAUUAUAUCCAGCCUUUUCCUGGCCAAAGUGUUUCUAUGGAUCCAACUUCUGUAACUGAUGUCUAUGGAAUCAUAGGUACUCCACUGAUAUGGAGGAAAGUGUCAUCCUUGUCAUGGCGUCUUGGCCCAGCAUACCUGUUUGAUGAAGCAAUUUCUCAAGAAACUGUCAAAGCUAUAGACAAGCUGGGUCCUAACUAUAUUGGCAACUUUCAAGCAGUAAUUUAUUCAGAGAAUGGUAAUACCGAAUCAACCCCAUGCAGACUGAUAAUGGAAGAAAAGAUUUCUUUUGGGUUACAUGCAGCAUCAUCCACUGUCACAACUGUAACGUCAAUCAAAAACUCCUUCAAUGAAGUUGACAGUCGACUAAUAGCGCAUGAGCUUGGGAUUUCUUCUCGAGACAAUGCAACACCAGUUUAUCUUGCUAAGAAUCUUGCUCUGCAUCUCUCUGGAACAUCACGCACAAUUGGAGCUGCACUUGUAGGAGAUUUUGGAGUGAGGAGUUUUGUCUCUCAGAUGGCUGCCAACAGCUUUCUGUUUGUAGGUGGGCCAGCAGUGAUUUUAGGUUUUGUUGCAAUGGCAUCUGACGAUAGUUCCAUGUAUACGGCUAUGAAGGUUUUGUUGUCUGUCAUUACCACUAGCCCCGCAUUUGAGAGGGAAAUGAGUCGAAUUCAAGGAUAUAAGCUUUUAGCAUUUCUCCUGAAAUUUAAGUCUCCCUUAUUAAGCAACAGAAUUUUUCAGUUAAUUCUUUCUGUUGCUGGUACCAUGGAAUUGGGCUGUGGAUCAGUUGCAAUCCAGAACUGCAAAGCUUUUGAACACGUUCUCUGUGAUUUUGAGAUUUGGAAGACUGCACCAGAUAACCUGGAAUAUGCUGUGUUGACUCACUUUGAUGAUCUUCUCAAAUCUACAAGUGAUGGUACAAGAAAUGCGGAAAUCAUGCAUCAGCUGAAUUUGAUGGAGAAGCUAAUAUUCCUUUUAAACGAACCUAACAUUACAUGUGCAAAAGUGAAACUGAUUAUUGAUAUUAUAAAGCAGCUCCUACAAAGGCAAUUUAACCUCAAAGACGUUCUUAGGAUUGGAUUAUUUCUAAUUUCAACACUUUUACCAACUUCUUUGAAUGAAAAUGUAAUUUUUCCUGAGAAUGUCUGCAAUGUACAAAAGCAAGCCUUAAGCGAGACACCUGCAAGAACAAUCUGGAUGAGGAACCAGCUGUUAGAGAUGCUGUUAGAUUUUGUCGGCUCAAACAAUUCUGGUAUAACUUUAAAAGAUAAAGAAAACAUGUUCAUGGCCUUGGGAUCUGAUUGGCUUUUGCUGUUUCUACAAAGUCAUCUUCAUUCAACCACUAUUCUGCUAGCAAUACAAAUCAUUUUAUGUUUUCUGAAUAACCCAAACAUUAAAAAUAAGUUCCAAGAAGGAAUGGCAGCAGGUACCUGGCUGGAGAAUAUAAUAAAGGAGCUUGGGAAACCAGUGGACCCGCUGAAAGGUUAUCCUGCUUUGACUGAACAGACAAUAUACAUAUCACCAGGCUUUAAAGUACUGCAAAGUCUUUUGUGUCAUCAUAUACACAUUUCCCAAAUCUACUACUUACUGGCAGCUUCCUUCUUGGGAAAAAUCACUUUUGAAAUCUCACCUGAACAGGUCAAUUUGGAUUCAGUACUUCAGUCUCUCAUAGAAGGCAUUGAUGAAAAAGAAAAGGUUUGUUUGUGUGUCAAUAUGGCUGUUGUUCUCUUUGGAAUGGUGAAAGCCAUAUUAUCCAAGUCUGUUACAGGUACUGAGGAAUCAUGGGAAAAUCUCUGUCCUGGGAGUAUCAUGAAGUUCUUCUGCUUGGUACAUAACAUAUUUCCAAGGGACAAACUUUGGUCCACUCCAAGAUUUCUUGAAGCUUUAGCUGAUACAAUUUUUCCAUGUUCUUCACAACAGGUCUAUUUGGCUUCAUCUGGGCAAGUCAGUUCUGUACUUUCAGAGGACUCCUGUAAUCAGGAGACAGUUUCCAUUGACUAUUCGCCCCCUGGCAGGAAGCAAGUGUGCAAUUUCAUGAGGAUUCUGUUGAUGGAUAGUCUCAUUAACAUCACUGCACAAAAACAACACCCAUAUGAAGUUAUUCUAGAGUUUUUUCCAGAAAAAACUACACAGGAGCAAAUAUGCAGCUACCAAACAGAAAUUUUGGAAUUUCUAAUGGAUAUAAUUCGUAUGACCUGCCAGGAAGAAGGAAAAACAACACAUUUGACAAGAGGAGAUGAUAAGAAAUCCAUCUCUAAACAACAAGGAAAGAUUGCUAUAUUGAUUGAAAAUGUUGCUCUUUUCUCCAAAAAGUUGGUUGAGAAGCUUUACACUGAGAUGUUUUCCACAGAGCCUCAAAAUAUUCUCAUUUUCAUUACCGAACAAAUUGUUGUGGUAAUGGAGAAGGCAUACUCUCAAAGGGAAACACUUAUUAGCAUUCUGUAUAACAGUUUAAAUAGAGUUAUACUGUAUUUUCUGUCCCGAUCAAGACAGUCAUUAUCAGAUCUUCAAAUGCUUGUCAACACGUUAAAAGUCUUGCAAGAACAAUGGGACAUUAUCUUUGCAACCUACAAUUCAAAUGUGAACUUCAUUACCUGUUUAAUGCAUUGUUUGAUUCAAAUUAAAUCAGGAAAUGAUCCUGAUGGCUUUGGAUGGAAAGUUAACAAAAAAAAUGCAAAACAUUUUUUAUUUAACUUUUUACCAAACAAGAAUUUGGAUACAAACAUUGCAAGUGAGAUACCAGAUGCAUUUGCAGUUCAGUCAGAACUCUUAUACUUAUUAGAAUGUACGUGGAAUAAAAUGCUGUCUGAGAGAAGACACACUUUAGAAGAUACUUAUAAAAUUGAUCUUUCAGUAAAACAAGGACACACAGCAACUGGAGUGAGCAUUUCUGAAAUUACACCAUUGUGGGAGGAAACAGCUAAUAAAGCCUGGCAACAAUUUGUAGCCUCUCAAAAGAAGAAAUUAAGUAAAAGCAAGGUGCCCCAGUUGCAGUCAGGGAGGAUAAAUGCAGUAAGCAACACCAUAUCAACAGCUAUGCGAACAGCAUAUAGAAAAUUUGACAAAGAAUCUGAAGGAGACAUACAGGUAUUUUUGUCUUGCCUAGAUUACUACAGAAAGACUGGUCAAGACACGUUUACAACCCACUUUAAGUGUCACAUGCAGAAGCUUCAGUGUGAUAACAGUAGAUCUUCAACAAAAUGGAUGAUGCUGGAGAAUCAGCUUCUUCAUGAAAGAGGAGUGUUUGGACCAGAUAAAGGAGUCUUCCUUCCACUUGCAUGGGUACUUGAUCCAUCUGAGGGCCCUCCACAUAUGAGGAGGAAACUGAGAAGAUACAACUUUGAGAAUGUCCCGCAGGAGGGAAAAACUGAACACUCAACAUUCUGCAGAGGAUUUUAUUUAAAAUUUAAUCCUGUUGAAGAGACUAGAGGGCUCACUGAGGGCACUGGAUUGAUUUCAGGGCAAGACAUGAGACAAGAUGUUGAUGAGAAUGGUCUAGAGUGCAACCAUCUAACCUUUUUCCCUUCUUUAAAUGAAAUUUUUCCUUCUGGGGACUUCUCUGAACAAUGUACCGAAACACAAGUCAUUCUUCAAGAGCUGUCUGAAUUUGAGCAGAUAAAUAUAAAGCUGUCAGUGGCAAUCCUGAAAGGCCAUGUCAUAGCAGAGGGGGUGCUGAUGUUUGGUAAAGCUGAUUUCUACAUAUGUGAAAAUUUCACACUUUCUGACUCCAACAAUGUCUUUUGUAAAAUUCAUCAUCCUUCCAGUGUUAGAAAUUCCUUCAUUUGUAGCUUGUUUAAUAAAGCAGUACCUGGAGAAACACCUACCUGCUGCAGGUAUCCUUUUCAUGAAAUCAAAGAAAUACAUUACAGAAGAUUCCUUCAUCAGGACAAUGCACUGGAAAUAUUUAUGACUAGUGGACAUUCUCUGUUCCUUGUGUUUCAGAAUAAAGAUCAAAUCGCAGCCUUUAAGAGGUUUUGCUCUGCUGUACCUUCAUUAAAAGGGAAAGGGGUCACUGAAGCCAUUAUUAAUGUGCGGAAGCACACCAUGGUUGAAAAGACAGCCCUCCAGAGCUGGCAGAAAGGGGAGUUAAGCAAUUUUGAAUAUAUCAUGUACUUAAAUACCUCGGCUGGCCGUACCUACAAUGACCUCAUGCAGUAUCCUGUCUUCCCAUGGAUUAUUGCGGACUAUGAUUCUGAGACUUUGGAUCUUUCAAAUCCUAAAACAUUCAGAGACUUAUCCAAGCCGAUGGGUGCCCAAACUGAAGAAAGAAGAGCUAAAUUUAUUGAAAGGUAUAAUGAGGUGGAAAACAAUGACGGUGACCUCUCUGCACAGUGCCACUAUUGCACACAUUAUUCAUCAGCUAUCAUUGUUGCAUCCUUCUUGGUGAGAAUGGAGCCUUUCUCAAAGACAUUUCUGGCUCUCCAGGGUGGAAGUUUUGAUGUUGCAGACAGGAUGUUUCACAGUGUGAAGAAGGAAUGGGAAUCAGCCUCCAGGGACAACAUGAGUGACGUGAGAGAACUGAUCCCUGAGUUUUUCUAUCUUCCAGAUUUUUUAAUGAAUUCUAACAGACUGGAAUUUGGUUGUAUGCAAGAUGGAACUUCUCUAGGAGAUGUAAUACUGCCGCCAUGGGCAAAAGGAGACCCUACUGAAUUUAUUAGAAUGCAUAGGGAGGCUUUGGAAUGUGACUAUGUUAGUGCACAUCUUCAUGAAUGGAUCGAUCUGAUCUUUGGAUAUAAACAACAGGGUCAAGCAGCAGUGGAGGCUGUAAAUUGUUGUCACCCUUAUUUCUAUGGAGAGCAGCAAGACCUGGAUAACAUGGAUGAUCCUCUGAAGAAGAACACUAUCCUUGGAUUCAUAAGUAAUUUUGGCCAAAUCCCAAGACAGCUUUUCACAAAGCCCCAUCCUCCUAGAACAGCAGUUCAGAAGAGUAAUUCAGCCAAGGAGACAACAUCAGGAUUUUCACCUAUAGGACAAGCGCAGCCUUUUUUUUUCAACAAUUUGAAGCCGUCUGCACAGCCCCUUAAAGAAUUAUUUAAAGGACCUGUGGGACAAAUUGUGUGUGGAGAAAAGGACAUGUUGGUUGUGGAAAAGAACAAACUCUUGAUUCCCCCACUGUGGAACACAACGUUUUCAUGGGGUUUUAAUGAUUUGUCCUGUGCAUUUGGAAAUUAUGGAAUUGAAAAGAAUUUUGCAAUAUCAGAAUGUCUUGCAGAUUGGGGCCAGUGCCUUUGUGCCGUGUGUCCCUCAGAAUCCACUAUUGUCACUGCUGGAACAGGCAGUGUGGUGUGUAUUUGGGACACGUUGUUUGGUAAGGACAAGCUAAAGCACAUGAAGCUAAGGCAGGUUUUAUAUGGACACACAGAUUCUGUGACCUGCUUGGCAGUCUCUUUGACCUACAGUGUGAUAAUCAGCGGAUCACUUGAUAGAACAUGCAUUAUCUGGGAUUUCUAUCGACUCAGCUACAUCACUCAGCUUCCGGAACAUAAUGCAGGGCUCUCAGCAGUAGCUAUCAAUGAUUUAACUGGAGAUAUUGCAUCCUGUGCAGGAGGAUACCUUUACUUAUGGAACUCCAAAGGUCAGCUUAUUGCUUCAAUUAAUACCUCCUGUGAACCUGAAGGAGAAAUUAGUUGCUGCUGUUUUGCACAAAAGUUUGAAUGGGACUGUUACAACAUAAUUGUCACCGGGUGUGCAGAUGGAAUUGUGAGGUUAUGGAAGACUGAAUAUGUGAAAACACAAUUACAAGCACAUCAUGAACAACCACUGUCCCCAGGGCACUCAGCGGCCAUAACUCCAGAGAAAAGCGGUAACAUUAAUAUAUUUCAUGUUAACUGCAGCUAGGGACUA